GUGGAACUAACGGUUUGAUGUCGUAGGUUGAUGAUAUCCUUAAUACAAAAUUGGAAAGGCAGUUCAAGCUGGUAAUGGACAAAGGAACUUUAGAUGCCAUUGGUUUGCAUCCUGAUGGCCCUGUCAAAAGAGUCAUGUAUUGGGAUUCAGUGUCCAAGCUGGUUGCUCCUGGUGGAAUACUGGUUAUCACGUCGUGUAACAACACAAAGGACGAACUCUUGGAAGAAGUGGAGAAUUUCAACAUGAGAAAAUCAAAUUUAACGGGAGAUGUGUCUUCCGAAGCUGCAAGUGGAACUGAUCAUCCUCCGUUUGAGUAUCUGAGCCACGUUAGGACAUACCCGACUUUCAUGUUUGGUGGGUCUGUUGGAUCGCGUGUGGCAACUGUUGCUUUUCUUAGGAAGUGAGAACAGUUUGUUUUUUUUUCUGUUGGUGAGGGGAAGGGUGUGGUUUUCGGGUUGGCAUAACAUGGUGAUAUGCGCAGACUUCUUUUCUAGUCCUAUUUCUUGGGUCAAGACUUGUUCAUGUGCUUUUUGGGAGCACUUAAUAACCUCAAAAUUUCUUUUCAGAAACUGUUGGUAACGUAUGGGUUUGGUCAUUUA